AUGGACGACACCUCCAUCCGCCUAGACUUAAUUGAAAGCCAUGAAAGCGAAGAUGAUUAUUUCUACCUAAAGGAUGAUGGGGCCGAUGAACAACAUUGCAUAUCUGUUAUCAACGCAAUCCUAAGUGGCACUGCACGUCUAAACGUUCUCUUACCCACAGCCACCAUCCUUGCCUUCACCAUUCUAACUCCUCUCUUGACCAAUGAUGGUGAAUGCACGAGCUUGAACCGCUGGCUAAUGUGCAGCUUCUUGGCCCUUUCAGCAGCCUCUUGCAUUUUCUUUUCAUUCACAGACAGCUUUCGGACGGCCACCGGUAGGUUGUACUAUGGGGUGGCAACAUUUAAAGGGAUAUGGACUUUCAAUGGGGGCCGGAAGAAACCACUUGUUCCAUCUGAUUAUAGACUGAGAUUGGCUGAUCUCUUCCACGCCUCACUUUCAUUAACUGCAUUUCUUACCUUUGCGGCGCUACACGGUGAUGUGGUGCUAUGCUAUUAUCCAGAAAUGCCCAGGAAAGUGACCAACACCGUUCCUCUUGUUGUUGGCUUUGUGAUAAGUGUCUUCUUUGUAGUUUUUCCUUCCAAGAGAAGGGGUAUUGGGUAUCCUUUCUUGCUGCAGAGAGACGCUCUGUACUCGAGAAGUUGA